AGCUGAAAGACAGCAUAGUUCUGCUCCCUCCAAGUGUCUUCAGUGAACUAGAAUCACCAGUGACUGCUGAAUCCCGAACUAACCAGAUAAGGUUAAAAACAACAAACUGUGUUGUGGAGCCAUGAAGGUUUAUCAGAGCGUCCUGCUACUCUUCUGCUGCCAGUUUCUUCGCACUCAGGCUUUAGAGUGCUCUGUGAUGAGUGGUAACCUGAAGCAGAUAGACGCUGGCUCUGGCUCAGUGGUUGGAGUGAACAAUCUUAAUGAAGUGUUCGUUCUGAUUGAUAAUGUCUUCACGAAGAUCAGCGGGUCUCUAAAGCACUUCAGUGUUGGUCCUGCUGGUCAGCUGGGGGUUAACCAAGCAUACGGCAUCUAUAAGUUUCAGAGUGGCAGUUUCAUUAAGCUUUCAGGGCUUCUCAAACAGGUGGAUGCUGGAGGUGAUCAGAUCAUUGCAGGUGUCAAUAUGAAUGAUGACAUAUACUGUUUAAAUAUGGAUGCUAACAACAAAUGGCCAUCCAGCAACAUUCCUUGGGUUCAACUUAAUGGAAAGCUUAAGUACUACAGCUGUGGUCCGUACAGCUGUUGGGGAGUGAACCGCAAUGACCAAAUCUACAUUAUGAAGGAUGUGUCUAGUAAUGCCUGUCCUGGGUCCAGAAACUUUAAGAAUAUUCCUGGACUUCUAUCCAUGAUUGAAGUAGCCACUGAUGGCAGCGUCUUUGGUGUCAACUAUCAAGGGAACUUAUACCAAAGAACUGGAGUCACCCGCUACAACCCCGAAGGCACAGACUGGAUCUCAAUGGUUGCCUGUCCCAAUGGUCACAAGCAUGUGAGCUUUGACCUGGGAGUGCUGUGGGUCGUGUGUGUUGACGGCUCCAUUCGUAAAUGUACUUUAUAAUCUGUCACCGCAGCAACAAACAAUACCAAUCUUUUGACUUUCAUUGCUUCAGUUAUGAGUCAUUAUGUUUGUGUAUGUUACUCAGACAAAACAUCAACUUCAGUGGUGCAAAAAUAGUUUAAAGGGUUAACACAUCUCAAAGUUAUCAGUCUUUAUUAACAGAAAACUAAAAGCUUGAUUAUACUUUCUUUUCUUUUGCUUGCUAUUGAAUGAAUGAAGCUUUAUGAAAGCAUCUUUCUCAUUGGUGUUGUUUAUCAUUUGGUUCAGUGGUUCUUAAACUGUGGAGCAGUUUGGGUAUAACCAUGGAAAUGUAUACACGUUUGUCUAUUAAAACCCUUUCGAGUCGAU